AUGGAAGAGUUUUUAAAAAGAACGACUAAUAAAUUGAAAUCUAGCAACUACUCCGAGCUAACAAUUGUAUUAGGCAAUGAAAGUUGUGAUUUAGACUCCGCAGUGACUGCACUUGUCUAUGCAAUGUUUCUUAGCUGGCAAUACGAUCAAAUCAAAUGUAAAGUUUGCACGAAAAGCCAUCGUGAUGAGAGCAUGUACAAGGAAAGCAUAUUUGUACCAGUGUUGGAUGUAGAUAGAGAAGACUUUAGCUUGAAGACAGAAGUAGAAUACUGCUUGAAGGAUCAUGGAAUAAGAGUAGACAGUUUGGUGUUUAGGAAUGACAUAGACAUAAGGAAUCUUUUGGCAUCUAGUACAAAGACUAAUAUAAUUCUGGUGGACCAUCACAUCCUUAGUAAGAAGUAUGACUUCCUUGCACCUUAUGUGACGGAGAUUAUAGAUCAUAGACCAAUUGAUAGAAAGGAAUGGAACUACAAAGAAGACACGAGAAGUAUGAUAGAGACUGUGGGCUCUUGUGCUACAUUGGUGGCUCAGAGGAUGAAAGAUUUGAGUGCCUUGAUAGAGAAGAGUUUCGAUUUCUUUACUACUUAUCCAUCAUGCACCAGUCUACUUCAUUGUGCAAUAAUAUUGGACACAGUAAACUUUUCAAAGGAAUUAAACAAGGGAACACUUCACGAUAUAGAAAUAGCAGAGUUCCUGGAGAGUAUACUAAAGCUAGAAGACCGGGAAGGUGUGAGGAAAUCCAAAAUGUUAAGGUUGGUAGAUGCAAGGUCUGAUGUGUCUUCGCUGACCGCAUCACAACUGAUGAGGAAGGAUGUGAAGAUUGUUGGCGAUGUCCUUGUGCCUUCUUUCCCUAUACUAGUGAAGGAAUUUCUAAAGAACCCUGGAGCCCUGCAAGCCGCUAACGAAGCUCUACAGCGUUUUAACUGCAGCGUUGUACUACUUUUGGGCAUGACGCUCUCUCCAGCUCUUCAGAGAGAUGUGGCUGUUUAUGGACCUGGAGUCAGUGAGAAAGCAAAUAAGCUAGCGAAGUACCUCCAGGAUUGGAGCAGUCCAUCGUUCCAGUUGUCACCUGAAGAUCCGGGAGCAGGUUGUGACGGCUGUCUCUACUACAGCCAGUCAUACUUAGUAGCGACGAGGAAACAGUAUAUACCAGUUGUGGGAGACUUUUUACAGAAUUAUAUGGAAUAA